AUGGCAUCACAGAAAGCGGAGUUCAUUAAAGUGCCGACUGAUAAUUCAGAUGGCUUCCAGACAAUGCCCACAGAGCCCUCAAGGCGGUUGUCGGAGUCGGAGUUGCGUAUUGAGAAAUGCACGCCUGAUGAUGCUGAGAAGAUCGCCGAAGGCCUCUACCUCUGUUUCCCAGAAGACUGGUGGGCCAAAAAAGAACCACCCGAGCUGCGCCCUUCCGGCUCAAACAGCCUCGCCAUCCGUAUCCAACGCAUGGCCCAACGACUAACCCCCGCCAUAACCGACCCCCACCACACCUUCAUGAAAGCAAUCUACAUCCCCACCGGCGAAACAAUCGGAAUAGCAGGCUGGACCCUUCCCUCCAACCCCUCCGUACACAACCUCUUCCGGCGCAGCGCUGCCACACAUUACGGUUGGAAAGAGAAGCAAGGCUGGACCGACGCAGAUCUCGAUCUCAUGUGGUCGCACGUCUCUUCCGAGAAUUGGAGCGAGCGCUUCGCCAAAGACGAUGAGGUAAGGCGGGAGGCGACGGGCGGGGAAAGGCAUUGGUAUCUUGCGCCGUUGCUUACGUGGCCGGAGUGGCAGGGAAGGGGGGUGGGGAAGAGAUUGAUGGAGUGGGCAUUGAAGCAGGCGGAUGAGAGGGGAGAAUUGAUGUAUCUGGAGUCAAGGCCGAGUGCGAGGGCGGUUUAUAUGCAUCUUGGGUUUGUGGGGUGUGGUGGGGAGUGGAAUAUGAUUAGGUGGCCGAAGGGGAAGGGAAAGGGAAAGGGAGAGGGAGAUGGGGAGGGGGAGGAGAAGGGGGACGUGAAGGUUGCGACGAAGGGAACGGACGCUGAUGGUGCGAUAUGA